AUGAGUGGAGGGUGGUGCGACACCCACACUUCGGACAAGCAUCACAUCAGUGAAAACACGGCGGCUCAAUCAGCACACCGUUUCUUCUUCGUUGAGGGUGACGGCGAGGAUGUGGAAAUUGGAGGCAAUCCGCUCGGUACGCCGGUUGUAACCCACGCAUCACGCACAUCAUCAGCAUUGCUGCUUUCCAUGAUACCGGAGGACGAGGGGACAGAGAGUGAAAGCAGUAGCAGCAGCAGUGGCGGCAGCAGCACUGGUAGUAGCAGUAGUGGGGAUGACCCGACUAAUCACAGUGGCGGCAACGGGAUGCAGUUGUACAGUAGAGGCGGGGAAUCUGCACUGACGUGGCUGAGGAGCGACGGUGCGUGGCGCCAGCAGGCGGAGGAAGAGAGCGACAUAAAAGAUGGAGAGUCAGUAGGCGCUCCACUAGAAACUGUAGUGUCCGCAGCAGGGGCAGCAUCCGAAGGAGGAGGAGGAGUUGACAAAACUUUAGAUAGAUAUGGCCCGAGUCUGGAUGGAGCAGACGUUCUACCAUCAAAUCAGGGCAAACCCACACUGUGGGACUUCGGACGACUGUUCUUCCGUGUCCUAUCGUUCUGCAAUUGUUUCGAUCUGUGUAACGUCAUGUUGGUAUGUAAGCGGUUCUACCAAAUCGCCACGCACGACGCAUUGUGGCGUGGCAUUCUCACCGGCAUGAAUCUUCAGCCGCUACUAUGCAUGCCUAGCACACCAGCGCAGGACUAUUAUAGGUACUUCAUUGAUCAGAUCAUCACCACCAAAGCCCUCCACGGGCACUACUUCUUUAUGGCAACUCCGUCGGAAGACACGUGGGAGACGUUCAAUACAACCCUCAGCAGCAACACCGCAAAGAGGACGGUGCUUCACAACUCGCCGACAAUCCUUGACGACUCCGUGUACCCCAUCGAAGCGGUGACGCUGCUGCUCUCCUCCGCCACAAUCGGGCAGAUGUACCACACCAUUGGUCGCGUGCAGCUGCUCAUCGACUACAAGGACACAGCGACCGAAGUCAUUCAAGGUGCCGCACGCUUCUCGUGGCGCCGCGGUUGUUUUAUGUUCUGCUGCAGCUCGUUUGGCUCGGAUGUGCGGGGACCGGUGUUUACGGUGGCCAUCAGCACCGUCGUCAAGCCGUGGCCGAAUCAGUCGGCGGAGCAGUUCGAGGCGCAUAGGGACGGACUGCGCCUCAUCAUGACGCCGGCGCUUCUGGAGGGACGGGACCCCGGCUCGCGCAUCACGGAGACGGACUUAGUCUGCGUUAGUCGCCCGCCAAUAUCAUCGAAGCCGGCAGCACAGACUUAG